UGGCCAGUCCGCGCGGAAGAAACAGGGCUGCUGAGCAGAAACCAGCACACCAUGGAAGAGCCUUUUAAAUGUCUGACAGAUGCGUACAGAUGUUUUCUUAGCGGAUCGCGUCCCGACCGAAGCGCCGCGGAUGUGGCAGCUGUGAUAUUUGGCGGGCUGCGUGGUCUGGUGCCCGUUCAGCUCAGAGAGGAGCUCUGCAGUGAAGCAGAGAUGAUCUGCAUCAGUGUGACUCUGCUGGAGAAGAUCACCUCCAGUCUGACGGCUCAGAGUCUCCCUAUCCAGCUCACAUUAUACUCUGAGGAGGUCCUGAGGGUGCUGUUUGGAGACAUGAACCUCAUGGAACAACUGGUCCAUCACUUCCAAGCAGAAGACCAGAUUAUCUCACAUUUGGCUGCAAAGUGUGCAUCAGCGUGUGUUUUCUUCCAUCUCCAAAAAUGUGGAAUGGUCUGUCCUUGCUGGCAGAAGAAGUGUACACAGGCUUUUCACAGCUCAUCCCCUGGAACUGAAUUAGAUGCCUGUCUCUGGUCAGUGACGGAAGUUUUAAGAAAAACUCUUAAAGAAUCUCAGCAAGGAAUCCUUGGGAAACUUCUGGACACAUUUGACUGCAGCCUUUGUGCUUUAUGUUCAAAAUUGCUCCCUGAGAAAAAUGAAGAGUGUUUAGACAGUUUUACCCACAGCAGACACUGGGGGACAACAAUGUGCCUCCUGCUGGAUCUGUUGGAGGUGCUUUCUGCGUCCAGUUUGACAUGUGGAACCCGUGUCUGUCUGAAGAGUCAGAGAAUUACGUACAUUCGCUCUGCAGCUCUCCUGACAAUGAUCAGCUGCUCCUCAGAGGGUUUUGUCAAAAAGCGAGCACUGCUUCUCCUGAAGAGAACUGUGCUUGAGAAGGUUGGAGAGGACUGGGCUUUAGGAGAGGUCUUGUCGUCUGGACUGAAAUAUGAGAACUUCGGCUCUGAUAUGAGCAUGUUGGCUCAAAGCGUGUUAACGGCCGUCGCUAAUAACUGGUUAGACAGUGUUCAAGUGGAGCCUGCUGCUUUCUUUGGAGGGAUCAGAUGCACGAAGAUGAUGGGAGAUGAAGGUCAGAAACCAGACUGUGUGAUGCUGAGAGCUGUCAGCCUGAUUGUUCUCAAGUCCAUAGAGCUUCACAUCCAAACAACUGGUACAAAGGGAGCAGACGGCGCCACAGAGGUUGAUGGACAUCUACAGAGUUUGUGGGGCUUCCUGAGGCGGUAUCGUACCCAACUGACAGAGGUCACACAUCUCUGUUGCUGGAUCAGUCUGCUGUUUGGAGAGCAGGAUGAUGACAUGAUGGAGGCAGCCAAAGCAGCACUCUCCAUAUUCCUCAGUCACAGACUGCGUUCUGGGUUGGAUGAUGGUGCUGCGUUUGCGGCAGCCUGUGCGUCUGGCUGCAACCCUCACUGUCACUUUGUACUUCUGCUUCAGAGCGUCUCCUUUGACCACAGCAUCCUCCUUGACUUCCUCAUCUCUGUUGAAACCUGCUUCCUGGAAUACUUUUUGCGAUACCUCAAGUACCUCCGAGAUAACUGGCAAAGCUUUAUUGCAGCAUGUGGAGGCAUUAGUGUGUCAGGCUGUGAUUCUUCACUGCAGCAGUCAUUUACUGCCUCAAGUGCUGAUGAUGGGGCUACACUGGCAUAUAAAGGUGAGGGAGAUAAUGCUGAAUUUAGUUCAGGUGUCCAAGUCACAGGUAUUAAUCCACCAGUGAACAGGGUCAGUUUGGCUCCAGAGGUUCGCCUUGUAGAAUACGAUAGUUCUGAUGAGUCUGAUCCAGACAACACAGAAGGUUCUGACGUUGGACCACGAGCAUCUGUAUGUGAGAAAAGUAGAUUUAGUGCCUUGGAUGUACAACAGGAGACUAGUGGGCUAUCAGUAUUUAUCAGACAGACACAAAAUGAGUUACCAGCAGCAUUAUUGGUUGAACCUAACUGUUCCCUGGAAAGAAAACCGGAAGAUUCAUCACUGCCAGUGUUACAAUGUGGUCAAACCCUGUGUGCAAACAUGGCACCUCUGUCAGGGCAGGUGUCAUUUGAAACUUUAGCCAAAACCGUGUUCUGUUUGUCAGAGCUCAGGGAGGUGGUUACAAGGCUGCACACAAAGAAACUCUUCCCAUAUAACCCUUCUGCACUUUUAAAGCUCCUAGAACAAGUAGAAAACUCUUACAAGCAAUCACAUGUGCCACACUUCAAUAAAUGCAGAACAUAAGUAGUCUUUGUUUUGGUCUGCUUUGUGUGGUGGUGUGGAAGCUGUAUGUGUGCACAAAGUGCACGUUUAGACAAGGUAUUGUGUUUUUCUUUGAGGUGAAAAGUACAUGCAAUCCCUUGCAGCAGACAUUACAAAAUGAGCAUUUCUUCAAAUGGUAAUGGCAGCCGCACAACUCCAAAGCACAGUACUGUAUUCCACUCCAUUGUUUAACAGCUGACACCAAAUACUGUUCCUUUGGUGACUGUGCCCAAAGAUCGCAUUUUAACUUAAGGUGCCCACAGCAUUUAUGGUACUGAAUCACUCCAGCAUCAGCUACAAUAAUCCUUCCUGCAGCUCCUCUGCAGCAAAAUGGGGUUUUGGCUUUGUCUUUCUGCCAAGCAGACAUUCUAUGUUAUGCAAGUUCCUUGGGUUUUGCUAAUCUUGUCUUGACUUACACAGCUCUCUUCAUUGCUUUUCUGAAAGACAUUUUAGAGAGUAGAGAGCUGAAAUUGCUUUGGUUAUAUUUUUACAGCUUCCCCUUGUUUUCUGUCCACAUUUGCUUCACUUUGUCAAUGCAGAGGUUGUAUUUACUUUACUGCAUGUAUUUACAGUAAUGAAAAACAGUUUGUGAAUGAAUCAAGUUAUUUGAGUUCCCCAGGUACAUCUUUCCAGAGUUUAGGUUCCCUGACAGUCAAGGCAUGCCCCCCUCUUGUCUUAAAUUUAGAUACGGGAACAGUAGUUUCCUGUCCUCAGGUUGGUAAGGUAGAGCUACUCAGAAAUACAAAAAGAUCUGAAAACAAAUGAGUAGGCUGGUCGUGCACAGUCCACAGGUUCCUAAAUGAGUUUAAGUCAGGAGUUUGGCAAGGUCAUUCUAAAACCUUACUUCCAGCCUGAUUUAGACGCGUCUUCACUAUUGUUGAUGUGUGUUUUGGGGAUAUUGUCUUAUUGGAACUGCUUCCAAGAUCCAACCUUCUGAAUGAUGAUUUUAGAUAAAGAAAGUAAAAACCAAUGCCUUAGACUUUUCCACUGUAGUGUUCAUCUGACAAUUUUUUUUAUUAUAUUUUUAAAAUAUCUGAUCUACUUUUUGAUUGUAUGCAGUGUCAGAGAUAUUGGAUAAUGACAAAUGUAUUUUACUGAAACCAAAAUAAAAUUAUUUAAAUAUU